AUGUGGACACCAAGCUUCUGGCCUUCAUACGAUUACCCAUACGGGGCGUAUGACUCCAAACCUACAUACUACGGGCAGCCGUAUCCCAUGUACCGAGUUCCCCCCGUGUUUCAUCCGUCAGACGCGGCGGCAGUACCCGAGCGGCUCGGCGAGAAGUACGGUGCCGCCGUCGGAAUUCCAGCACAGCAGAGCGGUCGGCAAUUACUCCCAUUGAACGGGGGUUGUAGCCAGAGGCGGUGUCAUGUAUUUCCGGGAGAAGUGGUCGAGAAGACCGGGGAGAUUCUUCCAGACUGUACGGUACGAGGGUGCGACGAGGAGGACGGUGAAGAGGGUGGGUGUACGAGGCGUGCGUCUACCCCGGACAGUACAUGCAGUGACGCGCCUCACGACGUUCGCUCGCACUGUAGGGUGCUCACGUUUAAAGAUCAAAAUGGCCGCCGCCGUGAGAUGGUCUUCCCUAAGGCGUUGGAUCUGGAUCGACCCAAGAGGGCCCGCACAAGUUUCACGACAUACCAGCUCCAACGACUUGAGAGGGAGUUUAAGUGUAACCAGUACAUGGUGGGCAGAGACCGAUCUCGACUGGCAAGCAACCUCGAUCUCACAGAGACACAGGUGAAAGUCUGGUUUCAAAAUCGUCGCACCAAACUGAAGAGAGAUCAGUGUCGAGUGGCCGAGUUUAAAGAGAAGAACGCCGAGAGCAUUGCCGCAUGUAACAUUCUUAGACUACUCCAAGACCAACAUCCUUCAUCUGGAAGUACGGCAACAGCACCUUCUGUUGUUCGAGCAAUCACUCGGAAGCCAAGUGCCCCUGGCCCCGCCCCAUCGCCGUGGCGUUGA